AUUCACCCGUCAUCGAAAAGGCGUGAGGAGAUUCCAAAGAUCGUCGCAAGGAUGCUAUGCGCGAGGUGGAUGUGGGUAUCCCUCAUGUGGACGUCCCUCGCAGUAAAUGGAGCGGAUAUGGGUCCAUCCGUGUCGACUUCAUGGAGCUCUGACGUCCGCGUGGAUGCAUCUCUGGGCACCGAUAUCGACGAAAACGUAUCUGUGGAGGAAGCCUUGGCCAAGUGCAAGGCGCAGGGGUACACGCGAGGCCACGCGCAUCUCGAUUCGUCUCUAGACCCCGCCUUUGUCGCGCACUGCGACAGGAUGCAGUACAUGGAGGUCAUUCUCCAGCAAGGGAACAACACCCACGACCCAGCAUGGACAGCGUCGACGAAAUCAGUUCGCAUUUGGCCGCACACUGCAACGGAUGCCCCAGAGUCGACCGACGCAACCUUUCAAAGCUUUUUUCAAAAGCACGUGUUGCAAGCUCAUCCAGCGGAAGCAUCAGACAUCCUUUCCUUUCCACCCGCGCUUCUCAACACGUGCUUCGACAUUAUGCUGGAAUCAUCGACCUUGAACAUCCAUUCGCCGCCGUGCCAAGACCUCCUGGCAUCCUUUCACGUGCCCGCGUGCGUCGCAAAUGACUACAUGCAGCGAAUCAACACGUCCCAUGCCAUUACCCUCCCGACCCUGCUGAAAUUCACCUCGGCAACAGCGACCCAUUGCCGCUACGGGUUGAACAUGGCGCUGGUGGCUGUCGAUAACUCGGGUCUGUCUGUGUCUGUAUCCACGCGCGCACCAUCUCUCAACGAAUAUACGCUACCCCUUUCUCGCGACCACAUUGGCAUGACAGAGGAAGCAUCUUCGCCAUCCACUGCCAGUACUCCAGCGCUGCAGCUUGGGCAGGGGCGAGUUGUGUUCGUCCCAAACGGGUAUGCCGCGGUGUUUCAAGGCACCGCCGUUCGCUUCUGCUUUACAGACGCGUCAAAUUUCAACCGCAUGAAGCAGCACUUACGCGUAGAAGCGCUUCUCGACCCGGCUGCGCGUGCUUGGCUCUUGGCCUUUCAAGACACAACUUUCGACUCGUCCAUGAUCCGUCGAGUCACGCCCGCCCACACAAACUGGCCAUCGUUCCGCCAGUGGCCCAAGCCCCAGAAACUCACCAAGGAAAGCCAAGGCGACGCAGCGCUGUCUCGACGCGAACGGUACAAGAUCUGGCAGGACGAUCGCAAGUGGGACAGCUUGAUCACGGGCCUCACGCUUCCAGUCACGCGCCCACCGCUUCUCUUGGACGCCACCAAGGACGUUCAUCGCACUUCGCUCACGUUGACGUGGCAAGAUGCAUACCAACCGCGAAAGGGCGACAUCACCCCGUACGGCUACGAAGUGUCGUGGGUGGUGGCCGACGCCACCUCCGCGCCACCGAGCCCGCUCGACCACUCGACAGCUACAGUCCACAAACGCAACUUGACUUCGUCCGAAUUGGUUCGCAGCGAGCUCCCGACCACAGCUUUUGGAGAUGACUUCGACGGCAAAGCCAUCCAAGGCACGAUCACUGGCCUUGAUCCCAACACAACGUACACGUUUACGUUGCGACUGUUUGUCGGCGACGAUAUCGGCCUGCACAGUGAGCGAUCGUCGAGCAUGCGAACGGCCCCGAUCAGUGUUCCGACCGCUGUGCGCGGCCAGCCGACCGUGGCAAAUCCCGCCGACAGCAACGACGUUCGUAAUUGCGCGUCGCUGUCGUGGCUGCCGCCCGCGGACGACGGCGGCAGCGAGAUUGUUGGUUACGUGAUCUCUGGUCGAUACGAUCCCGCGCAGUCGACAAAUCAAGUCGACGUCGAUGCGACUGCGGCGGCCGUCGUUUGGCAGCCAUUCAACGACACCUCCCAGUUUGACAUGGUGCAGUCGGUGGUUGUGACGAUGCGAGAGCUCACGACGGACGCGCGGAACGUGAGUGGGACCGCGUGUAAUCUCCGCCAGCGCGAGACGUACCAAUUUCAAGUGGCCGCGCUCAACGCCGUGGGCAUCGGGGCCUUUAGCAUGUGGUCGCGUCCGCUGCAAAUUCCAGCGACUCGAGCUCGCCAAGACGUUGUGCGCGGAGUCGGCGCGCCGCAUUUCCACCGGGUGUACCAUCGACUCCAUGUGGAAGAUCUCGUGCGCGGCGCUGGUGCUGCCGCCGACGGUCCUGUCAUGCUUCUCUCGGACAAGCAGCAGCUUUUCCAGCCAUACCAACGGAUCGCUCCGUCGCUGGCGACGGCGGCGCUGCGCUACGAUGCCAAGAACAACCUCAUCUGGUCGUCGUGGUUUGCCCACGUCUGGCCUGGCCACUUUAGCCCGAAGACGUACUCUGUCGUCGCUGGUACGGCGGUGCAUUUCUCGUGUCGAUUCAUGCUGGAACUCCACUUGAUGGACGGCGCUGGAGCUGUCCUGAUCGAGCGGUUGUGCUAGAAAUCGUGGCGGCCAGCCCUGUGCUGGCCGACCGGCCGCUCGAGAAUGAUGUGCGGGAUCGCAUCGCCCUCGUCCGUCGUGGCAAGCUCCCGCUUUUCAACAAGGUGCUCCAUGCUCAAAAUGCCGGCGCCCUUGCCGUGGUGAUUGUGGACGCCGACGGUCUUUGCGAUGACGACAGCGGCACCGGUGGAACAUUCGACCACCAUUGCAGCGUCGGCAGCAACCACGCGUUUGGCGAAGGGUUUGGAGCGCAAGACGAUGCUGCCGUGUGGAGUGCGAUUCGCAUUCCGCACGUUCUCUUGCUCCGUGGCGACGCCGCCGCCCUUCUCGCGCGCCUCCCGACAGCACAAGCACAAUCGUUCUUGACGUAACAUCAUCUCAACACCCGUGCACUUGGUUUCGUUCGUCACAUGACGAUGUAGCGCGUGCGCUUUCCUAGCUAACCUCGUACGAGACACUCGUCCCGUUGGAAGCAGCGUGUUGCUGGCGGCAUCGUGGCCGCCGUUGCGAGAUUAGACUAGGACACUCGUCGGCCUUGGCGUC